ACAGCUCCCCGCAUCCCGUGCACACGGCUGGCCCUGCACCACUUCGACAUGAGCUACAGCCUGCAGCUGAAGGACCUGUGGCCCUCUGUCCGUGCCAGCCUGCUCUGUGAACAGAAGUAUGGUGCCCUCCUCAACAACUUCUCUGCUCACAGCCAUGUCACCCAGGAGCUGGAGCUGAUGAAUGCCACCGAUUUUGUGUCCAAAGGCUCCAAAGAGGCACAGCAGAGUGCAGCUACAUCGCCUCCGCUUCAUGCCUCCAUCAGCUCCAACAUCAAGUGUUACACCUACCCCAGGGGGGACAUCACACGCUUCCGCCCUGCACGGCGCGACUGUCUGGGGCUCCUCGAGUAUUAUCUCAUGGAUGCAGCAUCUCUCCUGCCUGUCCUGGCACUCAACGUGCAGCGGGAUGAUUUGGUCCUUGACCUCUGUGCUGCUCCAGGUGGCAAGACUCUGGCUCUGCUGCAGACUGGGCUUUGUGGGCAUCUGGCAGCCAACGACGUCUCCAUUUCCCGGACAAAGAGGCUGUACGACAUUCUCCACAGCUAUGUUCCCAAAGAAAUCAGGGAAACUGUGAGUGUCACGUCCCAUGAUGGAAGGGACUGGGAGCAGCUGGAAGGUGGCACUUUCCAUAAGGUCCUGGUGGAUGUGCCCUGUACGACAGACAGGCACUCUGUCAUGGAGGAGGAGAACAACAUCUUCCACAAGAGACGAACCAAGGAGCGCCAGAUGCUGCCCAUGCUGCAGCUGCAGCUGCUGAUGGCUGGGAUCCUCGCUACCAAGCCGGGAGGAGAGGUGGUGUAUUCUACGUGCUCCCUCUCCUCGCUGCAGAACGAGUGUGUGGUCGAGAGAGCGGUGGACAUUGCAGAAACCCAGUUUAACAUCAGUGUCCAUGUUGAGGACUUGAGCUACUUCCGGACACUCUUCAAGGACACGUUUUCCUUCUUCUCGGAUUGCCGGCUGGGGGAGCUUGUUCUGCCUCACCUCACGGCCAACUUUGGACCCAUGUAUUUCUGCAAGUUACGUCGGGUGUAGAAGGGGUGACAGACUGUGCUGGCUACCAGGAAAUGCCCUGGAUUCCCAGGGAAAGCAGAACUGCUUUAUAUUUAUUUUUCUUUUCAAAAUGUCCCACAGGAGCUCUGCUUUUUUACUGCAGAUAGAUACAGAGAAUAAAUGAGAAAGACCUGC